AGAGACAAAGUAUAAAGUAAAUAACAAAAGCAACAUUACUUCCAACCGCAAGCUGAAUCAAUUCUUCGUUCAGGGAUCAACGAUUACACCUUUGAAUUCAGACUCAUAACAAGAAGAAGAAGGUGAAGAGUGGUGAAUUCUAAUAAUAGUUGAAGAUGUCUGCGCUUUUCAAUUUCCAUUCAUUUCUUACUGUGAUACUUUUGGGAAUAUGUGCAUGCACUUACUUCAAAAUGCAAUUUCCAGCAAUCCUUGAACAGAGAACUGGAUUUCGUGGUUUCUUCUGGAAAGCGGCAAGAGUAGGUGAACGUUUAAGUCCGUGGGUAGCUAUGGGUUGUUUCAUGAUGGGUGUUUCAAUAAUCUUCUUCUAAGUUCUGUCUCCGUCUUACUCAAUAAAAUUUAAUCUUUGCAGGGGGAAUCCAUUCUAUUGCUCUACUUCAGUUUUGUAUGCUACAUGGUCUGCGGAUCUACAGUAUAAAUAGUCUGUACCUAAAACUAUUUAACUGAACCCCCAGAAACUCUAUUGUUUAGCUCUUUUUCAGUAUAGUAGCUUGAAUCUGAUUAACCUAUUUUUCUUCUGAUAACUGUAUGUAACUUUUUCAGACACAGUGCAAUGGUAUCUGUAGAAUGUGCUUGCUCUUUCCUUAAAAACUAGGUUGAGUUUAAGCAUUUGAAUUGAGUGUGUAAGAAAUUCAAGAUACUAUUGACAUCUUUCUUCUAACUAUACCCCAAGAUAUUGGGAUAGAUUAGAUACAAAAAUAUGGAAAUGAUUAAGAUUCGAGAA